CGUCAUAUCCGCUGGCCAUUUGGAUUUCUGCAAUGCUUGUGUUGCUUGACUAAGUUCGUGCAGUGGACCUUUGCCUUUCAGCGUUAGUUUGGGUCAAGUGAGUGGCUCACAACUCAAAUCAAAUGUAUUUAUUAUGUUAUUGUUUGCGUUGAUGUGACGUAAACUGUAUUACAUCUGUAUGGUUGUGUGCGCAAACAAACGUGGUCGUGACACGGUUUGCUAACGUUAACGUUAGCUGUUCACUGAGCAACUUGUUACUGACCAGUAGUUACGCGCAAACUGUUGAGGAAUGGGGAAAAAUCGCAAGAAAGGAAAGGGAGCAGCUCAACCUCCGGGACCUGGACAAGGCACGCGUGCCCCAGUGCCUCCUCAACCCAGACCUCCUCCCCCUCAGGGCGGCUUUCGCGGUCCUGCUCCCUCUUUCCCGAUGGGCCCCCCUGGACAGAGGUUUUCUGCGCCCUAUCGCGACUUCGGACCGCAGCCCCCCAGAAUGAUGAUGAUGGACGACAUGGAAGAAGAUCCAGGGUUUCUGCAUGAACCGCAGGGAUUCAUGAUGGACGACGGGCCUUAUCACCCGAUGGAUUUUCCCGACAGACAUGAAUUUCACCCGCGUUUUGAUGGACCUGAUCCAGGUUUCCAUCAUCCAGAGUUUGGGAACAGACAACCAGCACCGCGCUUUUACCAUCCAGAGCUUGAAUAUGGACCGCGUUUCCGUUCUCCGGAGUAUUGUGACAGACCUCCAGACUUCUGUCCGCCUGAGUUUAGGGGAAGACCCCCGAGCUUCCACCCCCCUGAGUUUGAAGGUGGGCCAGGUUUCCACAGGAUGAACCCUGGAUUCGACCAAAUGGAGCAAUAUGGUCCAAGAGACCCUCAUUACAUGCCACACAUGGACCCACAUAGUGGGCCUCCUCCUGCCUGUCCACCCCAACCUCCGCAGAAAAAAGAUCAGCUGGCUCCGAAAGAGACUAAGACUGAACCUCCUAAAUCGAUGGCUUCAAAGAUAUCAACGUUCAAGAAUAUGUCUGCAAACACACCUCGUGGACGCUCGUUGGGAGUAAUUUCACUUAUUGCUAAUAAUUGUGGUUUCAUUGAACGGGAGGAUUUGAAGAAGUUUUCUUUUGUGUUCGAUGCUUUUAUUGGAAACCGGGCUCUCCUGGUGCCUGGAGUUAAAGUGCAUUUCACAGCAGUGAAAAACCUGGGAAAAGAAUGUGCAGUUGACGUGAAAGUGGCACCAGGAGGAACAGAAGACAUUGACAGUACGGUGUAUGAAGGUGUAGUUCUCACAGUCCUUCCUGAUGACAACGUCAAGGAGGCUAAUCCUGGCUGCAUCAGGACCAUCAUCUCUAAGGAUCCCAUUAAAUUGCCCUUUGGAAAGACGGAUACCAAUGUGACUCUGCUGCUGUAUGAUCGUGUGGAGUUCCAUUUGCUGACAAAUGUUAUUACUAAGGAGCAAAGAGCCACAAACAUCAAACCAAAAACACCUGACACUUUUCAGCUCACCAAAGAAGUCAGGGAGACGGGUGUGAUUAUUAAUAAGAGCGAUGGAACCCUGACCAUCAUGACAGAGAAACAUGAUAGCCUGACUUCCUCCGCUACUGACAGUUUAUCAGAUGAAGAGCUGAAUGUCAUGGAUGAAGUGGAGCUCACCGUUUUGACUGUGAACGACACAAAGAAGGCUGUCCGACUCCAAAAGCUGCCCGAGGGCUCUGUGACCUUUAAUCAAAAAGCAAAAGGCAAUGAGAAUAUUUCCGGCACAAAGGACAAUGCAUCUGGCAUUGCCCCUGUCAAAGACAAGUGGAAGCCUGUUACCUCAGAAGCUGGUUCUCAAGAUUCAGACGUAAGCAGUGAGAAAUACGAGGGGACCAUUACCAAAAUCGCCCCAAAGAAAAGCCAAAGUCAAGAAAAAGUGAUGGACAAUCCAGAGCCCACUUUGGGUCUUCUGGUCACCACAGUGGAGGGCACAGAGAAGCGCUUGUCUUUUAGGUCAGGUGAUGUGAUCACAAAAGCCACCAUGAUGGUUGGUGACAAGGUCCAGUUCAACAUUUCCACCAACAGUGUAACUGAGGAAGAGUGUGCCGUCAACGUAGAGAUCCUGCCAGAAACUUUCCAGACAGACUCUGAAGAGCAACGCAAGAUAGGGCUUGUUGUCAAGCUGGAUGAUAAUUUUGGGUUCGUCAAGACACCACAGGACCCGCAGCUAUUUUUUGACAUAAGUGAGGUUAUGGAGGACACCAAACUUACUUUGUCUGAGAGGGUUGAAUUUACGUUAGUACCGAGUCAAGCAGCUGAAGGGGGAAAACAGGCUGUUAGAAUAAGAAGGCUGAAUGAAAGCGUCUUCACAUCUGCACCAAAAUUAGAGGCCUUUGGAGUAAAAGAGAAGAAGAAAAUGACUAUCAAAUUGCUGAAGGAUCCGAAAGACCAAAUCAAGGAGGAGGUCAAAACAGAGGACAAAGUCAGUGAAUCAGUGGAUGUAGACAAGCCAAACAAGAGAAAAGACAAGACUUCAUCAUAUAUGUCCUCUGCAAAAGAUAUGAAGAAGGAAAGUGACAUUAAACAAGAAAGCACUAAAGGUGAUCGAGUACGGAGCAGAAGCAGGGAAAAUAGUCGACGUCGGUAUAGUCGGAGCAGGAGCAGAAGCAGAGAAAGUGGUCGACGCAGAUACAGUCGCAGCAGAAGCCGGAGCCUAGACAGAAGUAGGAGCCACUACAGAAGGCACAGAAGUUCCAGUCGUGAGAGGAGGGACAGCCGAUACAGAUAUAAACGCAGCCGCAGUCGGAGCAAAGACCGCGGCGAGAGAUCACGACGGAGUCGAAGCAGAGAAAGGAACAAUCAGAGUGCUAGGAAGAGAAGCCACAGCCCUGCAGACAAAUAUGAUCACUAUGCGAAACAAAGCAGCAUUAAAGAUCCAAGCGACAAAAAGAAAGUUAAAAGCCCUGACAAUGUAGAGGAUGAACUAUUGAGAAAAAGGAGAGAGCUAAUGGAACUCAACGAGCUGAUUGCACGUAAGAAAGCUAUUGUCGCUAUGGAGCACAAUGCAAAGAAAAUUGAACCUGAGGAUGGAAAAAGUGGAGUAACAACAUUUGAUUAUGAGCAUGUGCAUCGUGAGAACAUUUGGAUGCCUGACCUAAAACCCAUGAAGUCCAUCUUGAAGAAACAGUCUGAACCUCACACUAAUUCUCAAUCUCAGGCGUCUGCAAGCAAGGAAACUGCUGCUCCUUUUGUAAAGCGUGAAAGUCAAGAGAUGCAAAUAGGAUACCAUCAACAGACUUCUGCUUUUGGCUCAAAUACAACUGGCUACUCAACAUAUGAAAGUAUUGCUGAGAGGACUUUGACCACUGCAGGGUCUGAAAAGACAUCUCUAACUCAGAUUCAGGAACUAGAAUUGGUGAGAAAAAAGAAGCAAUUAAAAGAUCUCAGUGAGUCCAUAGCACGCAAAAGAGCGAUAAUCGCCUUGGAACAGAAGGUCAAGGUUGUUCGGGAAAUGCCUGAAAUGGAAGCGGAAUACGAGUUUGACUCGCACACAGAGGACCAAUUUGUAAUGUCUAAAGGGAACUUAUGGAGCUCCGAAAUAAAACCUGAUAUUCAACCGAAAAAGUCCAUUUUGAAGAAACGCUCAGAGAUUCUAACAUCUCAGAGUGACAAAACCUCAGUUGAUGCAUAUGGUCAACCAAGGCAGGAUGAUGGUUCUUUUACAAAACCACCUUCUCAGAAGACAGCAACUUUGCCAUUUAACAGGUCCUCAAAUUCACAACCCAUUCAUCCCGAUAUGUUGGGGUUAUUCAGCCGGAUCAUGAACGAGUCUUCAGCAGCCUCACAAAUGACUGAAACACCCCCUUUUAACAAGCCAGUUAUCCCACAGUCACUCACUCAGGCGUCCAGUUCAAGGUCUUUGCAUGACCAGAAAUCUUCCAGUGUGUCUAAAGGUAGAAAUUCGCAGGAUGACCAACACAGGGCAUCAUCUCGCUUGUCUCAUGACCAUCCUCCUAUCAGUAACCCUUCGACAAGUCAGACUUCACCAUCAAAUCAAAAGCGCAAUCUUACAACUCAAAUGGAGCGGUUCCUUAGUGCUCUCAACAAGGCUGACACCAGUGUUGUUAACUCUUUGUUUCAAGAAGCUAGAAAGGAUCUGACUUUAAUAAACACCCAGAAACCCACUCAACCACAAUUUGAUAGAAACAUACCUUUCAUGGAUGAGAUAUACGAUCCUUUUAAGGAAGAUGAAGGCAAUGACCAGCCUUCCCUAAUAGGUAAACAAUCUGGCCAAGAACGAGUGAAGACUGAAACCCGUUUGAAUGACCCCAGCAAAGAUGACCUCUUGCCUCAUGAAAGAGCUGUUCAGGACGGUAGUGGCUUCUCUCGGCUUGUUGGAAUGAAGUAUGGUGUAGACCCUACUGCAAAAGCUGAGAAGAGUCCAUAUGGGCAUCCGAUGGUGUCAGAAAGCUGGAGUGCCCAUAAAGAGGAUCCAAAUCAGUUCUCUGAGCAGUGGAAUCAGUAUGAACAGGACACUGAUUUGUAUGCAACAGAACACAAACAUUACACAGAUGAACGCAGUCUGUAUAGGGAGCGUAGUCAGUCUGUUGAAUACCAGAAAGUCGAUCCAAAUGUUCAGCACUCUUACGUAGUGGACAGAGAGUUGCCUGAUAGUACGUUUGACAAAAGCUUAGCUCGUCAGGAGUCUGAAGAAAGCAAUGAAGAAAAAAACAGAAAGUCAGAGAACUUUGAAAAAAUUCAGAAUCUUCUUCAAACAAUAGGACUUCACCUAGACACAGCAGAGGUUAGCAAAUUAGCGGACAGGACGCAAGAGCGGUUGUAUGGUAAGACAAAAAAACCUCAUAGUGCGCCUGCUCACUCCUUUGAACAAAAAAAGGAGCGAUCAGUGAGCCAAACUGAGCAAAGGGGUAGCAGUAGGGCAGAUUCCUCAGACUCUGAAGGCUUCCGAUCUGUUUCCCCAGCUCAGUCCUCAAAUCGUAAGGUUUACAUGAGUUAUAAGGACUCCGUAAAAUACAAAGACCAACACAAAGUGGAAGAUGUAGACCUAACUAGCAUUAAGAGAACUGUAGUGAAUUUGAAACCAGCAACCGACGAACAAGAUCCUUACAAACCUGAGCCGACCACAGUUUCUGAAGCUUCGUACCAACCAAUGACCAUUGUAACCACAGUUCAGCCUGAUAGUUCCCAGUAUGCCCAAAAUUCCACCGUUUCCACCUUUUCUGCUUCACAAUAUUCACAAUAUCAAAGUAGUGAUCAACAUGUUUGGGGUUCUGUGGCCCCUGGUCUGUACCCUUAUGGCAAUGUACCCCCAUCCCCUUAUGCUAUGGGUCACCAAGCAAUGGUGCCACAUAUGAUGUCUGCUUAUAGUUCAUACGCUGCACAAAUGGCCAAUCCAUAUUGUGUACCUCCUCCACUCUCCAUGCCACAUCCCUAUGGUCCUCCACCUUUCCCCAACCCUCUCCACCUCUCCACAAUGGCCUCUGCUUACUCUACCCAAGCGGCUAGUCAAAUCCCAACUGAAUCUAUAAAAACAAAGCCCGUUAGGUGCCUCAAAACAAUAGAAACAGUCCAAACAGUUCCAACAGGUAAAGCAGGGCCUGCCAGCACACUUGUUUCCAUACAACCUACAGAGGACGGUAAAGCAGAACAAACAUCGGAGGAAGCCAAGAACAUACAGGUUGCUACCAUAACAGAAGAUGACAUCAAGGCUAAGCAGAAGAAACGGCUUGAACAGUUUAACCAGAGAAUGAAGCUGAAGAAAGAGCAGCAAAUGGAAGCCCAGCGUUCACGUGGACAAAAUCGGAAUUCAGCUCCAGGUAAAAGUACCCCCAAUGAGAUAAAGAAUGUGUGGAUAUGUGGCCACUCUCUUGUGUUUUGGGCUGAGAAGAGGGCUACUUCCCCUGAGUAUGGAGUGCAGUUGGGCAUGCACCCAGACUCAGUGCGCAUCUGGUGGAAGGGCGUGCAGGGCAUGUCAUGGCAACAGCUUGUUCCUUUGCUGCUCCAGCUCAAAGACAACUGGCCCAAACCUGAUGUGCUUAUAAUCCACUUGGGUGGAAAUGACAUAAGCACAACUGAUCCAGAGGCCUUUAUUAAGACUGUGAAGAAAGACAUGACCUCAAUGAAGAGCAUAUUUCCUGGAUGCCUGCUGGUGUGGUCCAGCAUCCUUUCACGGCAGACCUGGAGGGGUACAGAAGACAGCAAAGAAAUGGACAUUAUCCGUAUGGCCAUUAACGAGAGCAUAUGUGGAAUUAUGACAGAACUUGGUGCCUCUGGUUUGAGCCACAGCAACAUAAGGCCAAGUUUGGGACUCUACAGACCAGAUGGGGUUCAUCUAUCGGGGAAGGGUAUCGAUACCUUCAAUCUCAACCUGCAGGCUUUUCUGGAGAAAUGGGAGAGUGAGAUCAAUAAGACAGAGACAGAGACAUCUGACCCUUCAGUUUGAGAUGAGGAAAUCCCAGAAAUGGUCCUUUGUUUUGUUUAGCAACUUGUACAGUGGCAUUUCAUUCUUGUGUAUCCUUUGUUGCUGUUGUUUUGUUACUUCAAAACUGAUUGUUAUACAACCUAUGUAGAAUGAAAGCAGAUUUGUUUUCUAUGCAUGCGUAUCACAAAAAGUAUUUUGCAAGAAUGUUAGAUUUUAGUUUUUACUUGUUCUGUUUUAUACAUUCAGUUUAAUAAAUAAAAACAAGACAAUUUAAAAUAUUCCAAUUUAAUACGGAAUAAACUUUUCUUCAUUAUUUGAGAUCUCGUGAAUGAUACGAAGAAUGUUCUCCACACCCUACUUGCAUGUUUCAAGUGUGUUUACAUCACCAAGCAUCCGCUUCAUUGAGUGCUUUUUUUGUCAUUGAAUCCAGCACAGGAAAUGGCAAAAAGUCUUCAAAUCCAAUCUGGUUUGAUGUCUAGUGGUUGCUCAUGUGGGCCUGGAGAAUGCAAUGAUCAAGAAUCAGUAAGAGGGAACACUCACUGAAAUUCUCCAGGUAAGUGGUUAUUGUUGCUUACUAAAUGUCAUUUGAAUUUGAAGAUGUUUCAUGCAAUAAUAAUAAUGGAAAUUUUGAAGACAUUUAGAGCACUCAGAAAUUACAUCACAUUUUAAACUGCAGGUAAAUUUUUGGGCCUUUGCUGUGAAUCAGUAAGUUAAACUAUACAGUGUGUAUAUAUAUAUAUAUAUAUAUCCACGAUAAUGGAAAACUUGAAUAUACAUUAUUUACUAAUUCAUUCAUUUAACUAUUUAUGCUAUUUAUUUAUUAAUAAAAAUUGUGAUUUCCAGCCCUUGAAACAUCAUGAAAAGUAACGAUCACAUUUCUGUGGAGUGUAAAAUGUGUGGGAACAUUGAAUAUCUUUUGGAUAUUUGAAUCCUGCUUAUUUAAACAAUAAUAUCAUUAUACCAGGAACCUCCAAUUGAAACUGAAGCAGAGAACAUAGAGAGACGGGACAAUGACAGCAUCAUGGUCAUGGACAGCAGGUCAUGAAGGCAAUUAUUUGCUGAUAUGUUCACCCAAAAUCUCUUACAUGUCCUAAAAUAAAGUCUGAUUAAGGGAAUUGGUUCAGUGUGAAAAACGCACGUCCUUCUAGACUUUGCAUGUGUGCCUCAGAUGCAGGCUAGUUUAAAUACAGGACAUGUUUGUAGAGGUUCUCAUUUUCAUUAAAGUCAUUAUAGAUCGCCAUGGUUUUCUUUUCAUACAAAAUGAAUUUCAGGAUCAGAUGAGGUAAGGAACGGCGAGAAACUCCUGCAAUGCCACAUCUGAUGGGCUGUCACUGAUGAGAAGCGCUUCUGCUCCAGACCUGGAUUCAUCAGAUAUGUUUUGAGAGUUUUGCUUGGUGAUUGGAGUUAUAUCUGUGUUCCAGCAUGAUAGAAAAAUGUAUUGUUGUUCCCCCUAUUUAGAGAAGAAGCAUUUGCUUUUAUUGUAAAAUGUAUAAAGAGUUAUAUUAAAAUGUCAAAUAAAAGCAUCCCUAAAUGUUA